AUGUCGCUUUCAAAUAUUCAACGCACGAAAAGCUCACCUGGAGUGAAAAAGCCGAUCCGGGUGGUUUCAGAUGAGCAUAGGAAACGCAAUCCUUACGUUUCGAGGGCUGGUCCACCUUCCAGUACCACGUCACGCACAAGAACCGUUAAGCUCUGGGGCAAUACCACUGAACAGGCUAUGGCAUUGCAAGAACCUGACGAAAUAAGCGGGGCCCCCCAGAAUUUACCAUCAGACUUGAGUAUCAAAUCUGUGCCAAAAUGGAUUCGCGGCGAGCUCAUUGGCAAAGGCCCUCAUGGAAGUGUGCAUCUCGUACUCAAUGCAAAAACCGGUGAAAUGAUUGUUAGCAAGCGAGUCGACAUACCAUCGAAGGUUCACCAGAAUCACCUUACACAGGCAAUGAGGUUGGAGUGCGAGACUAUCUUAUGCCUUCACCACCCUCAUAUUGUCAAUUAUUUUGAUAUUGCUUUCGAGGAAUCUCCUUCUGUGUUACACAUCAUUCAAGAAUAUAUUCCUGGAGGUUCCAUCGGGUCUUGCUUGAGGCAACAUGGCGCCCUCAAAGAAGAUUUAUCUAAAUCUUUCACCGCUCAAAUCCUUGAAGGAUUGGAACACCUCCACUCUGUAAACAUUAUUCACCGAGGUUUAAAGGCGGACAACGUGUUAGUGGAGACAAAUGGAGUCUGCAAGAUUUCAGAUAUUGGCAUUUCGAGAUAUCUUGACGACUUCACCGAUGGUAUCGCUGCCGCUACUGUUUUCUGGAUGGCCCCAGAAGUUGUCGCGAAGAGGGAUUAUGACUCAAAAUGUGACAUCUGGAGCGCUGGUUGCGUGGCGGUUGAGAUGUGGACUGGUCAGAGACCUUGGGGAGAUGAAGACAGCAACGCAGUGCUGAUCAACCUGUGCAAUAUGAAAACGUCACCUCACAUUCCCGAAGACAUAGCGCUGUCACAUCUGGCAAAUAGUUUCAAAGAUUUAUGUUUCAAAGUGGAUCCUUCUUGUCGUCCUAGUGCCGCUCAACUGCGAGGUCAUCCAUACCUAGCACUCCCACAAGACUGGGUAUUUGUCGAUUUUAAACAGGAAGAUUCAAUAGCAAGUUAA